AUGAGUAACUCUAAUACGGUAUCUACACCUGUAGCUCAACACUUUAAGCUUUCUCUGUCACAACCUCCCAGUACUGAUGCAGAAAGACAGAUUAUGGGUAAGAUUCCCUAUGCUAGUUGUGUUGGUGGCUUGAUGUACUUGAUGGUGUGUACAAGACCAUAUUUAGCUCAUGCAAUGAGUGUAGUAAGCAAGUUAAUUGCAAAUCCUAGAACACAACAUUGGGCCGCAUUAAAACGGAUACUCAGGUAUUUGAAGGGAACUCUUGAAACAAUACUUGGAGGCUGUGUUAGUUGGAAAUCAAACAUGCAGAAAGUUGUUGCUCUCUCCUCCACUGAGGCAGAAUAUAUGGAUGCUACUGAGGCCAUUACAGAAGCAAUCUGGCUUAAAGGAUUCACUACAAAGCUGUCUAUAAAAGGGAAAGGUGCCUCACUUCAUGAACUAAGUUCCAAGUUGAGAGUUCUGGAGAGAAAGAAAAUUGAGAGUUGUCCAAGUUUUGUAAAAUUUGAGUGUACUUUGAGUUGGUGCAAGACACCUUACUUGUAA